CUUGAGAGAAGGUUUUGGAAAAUGCUACUAGAUGAAGAAGAUUUUGGGAAGUGCUAGAAUGCAUCUUUGGGAAACCUACCUUAACUACUAUUGACUAGUCAAUGCUCCAUUAGUUCCUUAAUUCAGUGUGUUAAUUUGAUAAUAAAAAAAUUAGUUUGAAAAAUAUGUUAAACAAGAAUGCAUAGGUAAUUGUUGUCUGUAAUGCUACUUACUUUAUUUUUGUAUGCCAGAACAGAGAUCAUGAUGUCAUGUGUUGUAAUUAGUUGAUCUCAAGUUGUUGGAAAAGCGCUUACCUCCAAUGGUUGAAGCUUUAGCACUCAUGAAUGCUAUUUCAGAAUGCAAACAACGAUGUUUGUAUAAGUAGGGAUGGAACUGAGCCAAUCUGCUCGCCUCCUAUUUGGUGCUUGGUUUGCAAAAAGCUCGUUCAAUAAUCUUAUUAGACUCGUAAAGUUCGUGUGUCACCUGGACUAGUUGGAUUGUUGAUCUCAACUCGUGAGCUAGUUCGUUUUGAGUUUUGAGAUGGCCCGACAAUAUAUUUAGCAAGCCAUCUUAACUAACAACUUAUGAGCGAAUUGAUUAUUAGAUUAUUAUUGGUUUGUUGAUAAUUUAUUAGGUUUGUUAGAUUAUGUCUCAUUUUCUAAGAAUUUGAACACAUGUUCAAAUAUGUCACAUUUAUAGUUUAAUAAAGAAAUCAUGUAUAAUAAAUUUCUCGUAUGCUAAUUAGUCUUAAAUUACAUUAUAUGAACAAACGAAAAAUUAUGAUCUAAAUGAUAUAAUACUUAAGCUUGAGUCGAUCUUGCGAACUAAUAAAUGGGCCUAGUUCGAGUGAAACUUCUCGAGUCGAGUUCAAGUCAAACACAAGUAAAUAUUUUAGUAAAGGGUUAUAGGUAUAAUAUGCCAAUCUACUAUGACGUUCUGUCAAACAUGCCCCUCUACUAUUUCUUACAUCAAACAUGCCCCCUGUACUUUGACAAAAUGAUCAAACAUGUUCUGUUAAAAUUUUGAUUGAAAUAAUCGUCAAUCAUGGUUGAAUCGAUAUUUAGACGACCCGACAUCGGCAAAUGGGAGGAAAAAUGAUAGUUUUGUCCCCCCGUUUUAUUCCUCUAGGUCUUUUCAAAGUGAAAGUAUUUGAAUUAUUUGGCUAUACAAAAUAAAUUCUAAAGUGAAAUUAUUAAGGAUAUUUUAGACAUUUGUGUCGCCCAAACCAAAGUUCGGCCUUGGUUAAUGGUUUUUGGAUGAAAAUUUUAACAAAAAGACAUGUUUGAUCAUUUUUACAAAGUACAGGGGCAUAUUUGAUGCAUAAAGAAGUAGAGGGGCAUGUUUGAUAAAACGUCAUAGUAGAAGGGCAUAUUAUACCUAUAGGUUAUAAUCCUUUAGUAAACCAAUCGAACUCGUUUCGUUUAUUAACGAGCCGAACUUAAAUUAAAUUAAUACUCGGCUCAACUCGACUCAUUCAGGCCCGAUCUGAAGAUAAAUUGAAGAAAAGAAAGGAACGGGUCGGUGGCCCAAGUUGGAAAAGGGCUUACCUCUUGUGGUUUAAACUUUAGCAUAUGAAUGCUAUUUCAGAACGCAAACAACGAGGUCUGCACAAUUCCGAGAAGGCGGGCAAAAACCCUAGGAAAGGCCAUGGAAGGCGAAGGUCCUCAUUCAGCCAAAAAGCAAAAGGUUGAUCCGCCGGUGAUAUCUGAUGUCAAGGAACAAUCGGACACGACGACAUCAUCAUCAUCAUCGCUUGAACCGGCGGUGGAAUCUGGAGAACCUGGAGAAUGGGAACCACCGGAUGUGAACCCGUGUCCACUGGAUUUUGUCGAAGAUAUCUCUGAGCUUGACGAAGCUGAGAAAAUAGAAUGUCACCAAGCCAUGAUAGAUGAAGCUCGCUCUGCUGCGAAAUUGGCUCUGGAAUCUUACAACAAGGCAGCGGGCUUCGAAUACGAGCUUGAGACACCAUUGCUCAGCUUUUGUUUUCUUCUGGACCGUGUGUUUAUCUGCCAUGCCAACUUCACUGCUAAGAAGCGCGUCGUGAUUGACAAUGAUAGUAGUGACUCCCCCAUUGAAAGCAUCCCUCCAAGGAGUCAGCUGUUUUUUGCUGAGACAGCCCAAGGCUUCGGGACCAACACUGUGGUUACUUGUUGUGACAUCAUGGAUACCUCUUCUGGAUCUGGGGGUUUCCGUGAUGGUUGUCUGUAUUGUUGGCGAGGAGGCAAUCCAGUUUUCUACCACCCUUGUGGGCAAAAGUUCAAGUAUGGUUGGCAGUCUGCUUUCCAGUGAUGAAUGGUUGGACACCUUGAUCAAUAUGACCAGUUAAGGACACUAUCCCGCCCAGUUCCUCUCAUCGAUCCCUUGUCGAGAUCUGAUCCCAGUAGCAGUAGUAGCGUUGUGCAGUGCUCUCUAUGUUCGUUUUCAUGUGUGUGGAGAGUUUUGCCCCGUCUUAGAAGAAGGAAGCAGAUUAUCUAUUAUGCAUGCAUUGAUAUGUCUGUUUCAUGUUCAUAACUAGUAGUAACACUUUUGUGUCGUUUGACUCUAAAUGGAAGUAAGGCACUCUUAAUGUGGUGAAAGCAUAUUUCCCCCAGACUCUUUCUUCUUUGCCUUCCUCUCAUUCAUGGAUUCAAUUCCUCCAUCUCAUUCGCUUCAUGCACUUCCUGAAGCUAGUAUUACCAUAAAUCUUCUCUUUCUUACCUUAGGUUCUGUUGGGUUUUCUCACAUUAUGUCACGAGUGGUUCAUCAUCUAAUGUGGUAAUACAUAUGGUGCUAGUACUAAUGAUUUCGGAAACUCGAUUUUCUAGUAGUGUUUACCCUUAUGUAAUGCCGAUUUAAAUUAUGUGGAUUAUCAAUACCAUUUAGUAUUUUUUUUUUUAAUGUGAGAUUUCUGUUAUGUCCUUUCUUUAUAACUGGAAGAUUAUGUUAUCAAUGCGCACCAAAGCUGAGUGCUGCUUUUCUUACUCGUGCUCAUGAAGAUAUUUGUUUCUUGCAGGUUAAUUUCUUGGCUUAUCAUGGGGACAGUUAGCUUGAAGCAAGUUUAGGAAAUACUCUAUUAGUUCCAUGUAUUAAUAGGUGGAAACCGUUUGAAAAAUCUAUUAAAAUAGGUUGCAUAGGUAAAUUGCCAUCCUGUGGUUGGGGGACUGGCAUGAUGGACAUUAAGUUAUUCACUUGUUUUUUUUUUUUUUUUGCGGGAAAUGUUAGGAGGCGUUAUAAGGGUAAACAUUAAAUAUAUGAUUUGGUAAUUAGUUAUUGCUUCUUAAUUUGGAUGACUCAAUGAUUAACUAGCGUCUAGUCGACUUAUGAAUGAAUCAUUAAUAUUAUGUAGCAUGUCAUUGACAGUUUGAAAUGUCAUUAACCGUUUGAAUAACAAUGGUUUUUAGGGUUAAUUGCAUGGUCGGUCAUUGACAUUACAAAAAGCGUUCAUGUUUGGUCACUCGAAAUAUUUAAAUCCAUUUUUUGUCACUAACUUUACAGAAACCGUUCAUUUAUGGUCACUCUCCGUUAGCUGCCGUCCAACGUCGUUAACGGCGUCCGUUAAGUGAUGAUGUGGCUGACGGAUUUGCCUAAUCAUCACCUUUUAACCUCGAAAAUUGACUGACCCGACCCGCCACGUCAUUUAAACCCUCCAUGUCAGCCAAACCUAAUCAAACCUCUAACCAAACCAGACCAGACCCGACCCCUAAGUAAAGAACUGACCAGACCCACCAAUUAAUCUACCCAGCCUCCUCCGCGAGCACAUCGUCCCCGGCCUCUUCACCAUGGACUACCUCCGCAAGCUCGCCUUCGGCACUAAGGUCGAGACUCUCACUCCCGGCAAAUGCAUCACCGUUACCUCGAGCUUCUCCAAUGGGAUAAUGACUUUCCAUCAUAUUAUUGUCCAUUAUAGUGGCUGUAUUGAAGGCUAAUGGCUUGGUUUGGAUUGUCCAUUAUAAUGUUUAUGUUUUACUGUUUCUUUUGUAAUGCAAUGGGAUAAUGACUUUCCAUCAUAUUAUUGUGGUAUUGUUGACCUACCUCCGGCCAUCGCCACAUACAUGUUAACGAGUAACAUCAGUUACAAUCAAAGAGUCAAUUUUCG